AUGGCCCGCCUCUCCCCAUCACGAGCGCAGCUACGCGCUUCCCGUCGCCCUUCCUCGUCGACCAACGAUGCCGCCUCCCCGACCACAGCGCCACCGACCGUCGCUCCUUCCAUGCUGAUGUUCCUUCCUAGCUUGUCCCGAGCGCCUUCCUCCUGCAAUGCCCCGCUGCCGUCGGUCACGCCGCCCCGACCUCGUCCCCAUCCUCCGCUCGCGCGCGUCCGCGCAGAGCACCCUGCUACCGGCCUCGCCUCGUCUACACCCUUCCAGCUCCGGCUGCCUGCUCCGCGCGGCGUCGUCGCCCUCGUCCCUGAGCCCGCGCGUCCCUUCCUCGACCACGAGUCGCCACGGCCUCCUCCUGCAAGCUCGCGUCGCGCGUGA